ACCCACACUCUCCCAGGUGGGCAUAGUGUCCUAUGGCGAGAAUGUGACCCACAGAGUGAAUCUGAACCAGUUCAGCAACACUGACGACCUGCUGGCUGAGGUGGAGCACCUGCCUCAACAGACUGGCUACAAGACAAUGACAGCCCUGGGCAUCAAGACAGCCAGGGAAGAGGCCUUCACGGUGGAGCGAGGGAUGCGGCCAGGGGUCAAAAAGGUCAUGGUGAUCGUCACAGAUGGAGAGUCACAUGACUUCUACAAUCUGGAAAAGGUUGUGAAGGAUUGUGAGGAGGAGCAGAUCGAGAGGUUUGGCAUCGCUGUGUUGGGAGACUAUAACCGGCAGAACAAGAGUGUAGCCGAUGUCCAGAAGUUCAUUAAGGAGAUCCAGUCCAUCUCCAGCGAGCCAGUUGGAGACCACUUCUUCAACGUGUCGGAUGAGGUGGCGCUCCUCAGCAUUGUGGAUGCCCUGGGAAGCAAGAUCUUUGCCCUGGAGGCUACCACUGGUAACUACACCUCUUCCUUUGAAAUGGAGAUGUCCCAGGCUGGUUUCAGUGCUCAUAGUACAAAGGAAGGAGUGCUUCUGGGGGCGGUGGGUGCGUAUGACUGGAACGGCACCGUGGUGAUGCAGACAGCAAAGGGCUCCAUCGUCCCCACGACAACCAGCUUUGAUGACCCCCUGGACACAAGGAAGGAGGCCCAGGCUGGUUAUGUGGGUAAGAUGGCCACACAUGAACACACACGUGCACGCACGUGCUCACUCACAAACACAUCGAACGCUCUCGUUCACACUUGCACACACAGGUUUGAAGCACGCAUCGUAGUAGCACGCUCCCAUAAACAGCCCAGCUCUCUCGCAGUCAAAUGUGGCACACUCAGCCAAGUCCUGAGUGAUUCGCUGCCGGUUGAUAAACAGUGAGGAGUGGAGGAACUC